UCACCCCCCAAAACCCACACCAUCCAAAGCCAUCUUCGCACAAGACACUAGCCCACUACUCACUGCAUCUACAUUUCAUCGUCAGAGUUUCAGAGACGCCAUGAAGUACCUGACCCAGCUGAUGGUGGCGCUCCUGGCCUUCUGGGCGGUGGUGCUGAUGGUGGCCCCGGCAGGCGCCGAGGCGGCGACGUGCGACGCGCUGCAGCUCAGCCCGUGUGCGGGCGCGAUCGUCGGGAACGCGGCGCCGACGGCGGUGUGCUGCAGCAGGAUGGAGGCGCAGAGGCCGUGCAUGUGCCAGUACGCGCGCGACCCCAACCUGAAGCAGUACGUCAACUCCCCCAACGGCAAGAAGGUCCUGGCCGCCUGCAAGGUGCCCGUGCCAUCCUGCUAAAUCAAUGUCUAUGAUCGGGACGAGAGAGCCCAGCCAGUGGCAUCUCUCUACACCGCUGCAUGUGCUGCAUGUGUUGAUGUGUGAGUGUUUGGUUGUCGUGAGUAGCAACCCCGAUGUAUCUGUAUCUGAAAUUCUGAAUAAAUGCAGUGCUUGCGUGA